AUGGAAGUUUUUCGCUACUUAUCAUAUGCUGAUCAAGUGCAGAACUUGAACAGAAGAAUGGCUGAAACUCAGACACUCAACUUUGGACCAGAAUGGCUCCGUGCCCUGUCUGGAGGAGGUGGGGGCAAUGGUGGAGGUGGAAGCAGCAACUCUGUCUCUUCACCUCCACUUUCACCUGCUUUGCCAAAGUACAAACUUGCAGACUAUCGUUACGGGAGAGAAGAAAUGUUAGCACUUUAUGUAAAGGAUAACAAAAUUCCUAUAGAUUUACAUGACAAGGAGUUUCUUCCAAUCUUGCAAGAGGACCCUUUACCCCCUCUGGCACUUGUGUCUUUUACAGAGGAGGAGCAGAGAAAUUUUUCCAUGUCUGUAAACAGUGCAGCUGUCCUUCGGCUGACAGGACGUGGAAGUGGUCCGAUAGUGGGGGCACCGAGAGGUCGAAGUACAUCAAGGGGCAGAGGUCGAGGACGAGGUGACGGAGGGUUUUACCAAAGAAGUUUUGACGAUGUGGAAGGUUUUGGCCGCGGUGGGAGAGAGAUGCAUCGUUCUCAGAGUUGGGAAGAAAGGGCAGAUCGAAGGUUUGAGAAACCCGGCAGAAAAGAACCAGAUGCAGCUCCUGCACAUUUCCAGAUUAACCACAUCCGGGGGAACUAUGAGGAGGCGGGGACAGGCAUACCAAGGAAGCAUGACUUCAUACGUGCAGAGAGUGAGAACUGGCGCACUUCUCGUGAUGAUCAGAACGGUGAGGAUGAUGAGGGGGUUUGGCGCCUGGCAGGUUCUCGACGGGAAAAUGACCGGUGGUGCCCCCCAAGCCCAGACGGACCUCGGUCAGCUGGCUGGCGGGAACAUCCAGAUCAGCGCCGGCGUUUCCCAUUUGAUGCCAGGGAUGAGGAGCGUGGCUACAGAAGGCCACGGUCAGGCAGUGGAAGCCUGGAGGAUGAAAGGGACAGUCUCCCAGAAUGGUGUCUGGAGGAUGCAGAAGAGGAGGCUGGUACUUUUGACUCUUCGGGGGCAUUCUUAUCACUCAAAAAAGCCUCUAAAGAGCCAAUUAUGGAAGAAGCCGAGCUCGACUUUAGGCAAGAAGAGUCUGAGGAGAGCCUACAGGAGAAUGAGGGCCAGCCACAAGAGUCCAAAGAAGAAGCUGUGACCAAGAGGGAGACCAACCAAAAAGAAUUGUUGCAAGGAGCAGUACCUGCUACAUCACUAAAUUCUAUGCCCAUCUUGGAGCCACCUGCAGUCCACUCAUUAUCCCUGUCUAAAACUGCUAGAAGAGAGGAACUAGAGAGGCCAGCUGAGCGGGCAGACAGACUCCCUCCGCUUGAGCUUCCUCCGGAGCAAUGCAAAGUCCCUCUCCAGAUCCCCAUUUCCAACAGUAUGCGAGAGCCCAUUGCCAUCAGUCAUAUUUCCACAGUGAAAACAGAACAUCAAGUUUCCGUGCAUACUGUUCAACUAUCGCAGCAAAAACCGAUGGAGUGUCCUGUAGCAACAAACACAUCACUACCCUUCUCCUCUAAUAUAAUAACACAUAUUGGCAGGCCCACAACUGUGCCACAUGAAACGGAUGAAGAUGAGGGUCUGAAACACUUUGAGCAGGAAGCAGAAAAGAUGGUUGCAUAUCUACAGGAUGGGGUAGCAGAUGAUGAGAGACUUUCGGUCAAAAGCUCAGAAAAGCCUAAAACAUCAGGUCUUCCUUUGUCUCAUGAAGCUGCUUUGAAGUGGUUUUAUAAAGACCCACAAGGGGAAAUACAAGGUCCUUUCAAUAACCAAGAGAUGUCAGAGUGGUUCCAAGCUGGAUACUUCACCAUGUCACUACUAGUUAAAAGAGGUUGCGAUGAAACAUUUCAACCUUUGGGUGAGCUCAUGAAGAUAUGGGGAAGAGUGCCAUUCACUCCUGGCCCUGCUCCUCUUCCGGUUCAUGCUGAUGCUGACCAAGAGAGAUUGAAACGACAGCAGGAGAUUGGAGCUCUUUACCAAUUGCAACAGCUCCAAUAUCAAUACCUUCUCAGGCAGCAAUAUGCACAGGCCUUGGCCCAACAAAAAGCUGCUGCCCUCAGCUCUGCCCCCCUUCAGCAACAGCAACAGCACCAACAGCAGAUCAACCUCCUCCUACAGCAGUAUCAGGCUCUCAAGAUCAGGACAUCAGAAAAUCUCCUUCCUGCAGUCACACGCUCUUUGUCUGUACCAGACUCUGGUUCUGUGUGGGAAAUGCAAAGCACCUCAUCUCAGGCCACGUGUACACCAAACUUGCAACAAAGUGCUCCCAGCACAUGGGAUGGAAGCAGUGUUUGGGAUUUACCUAUAGAUUCAUUGGCACCGGCUCCCACAUUAGAGCAAAUGCAACAAGUGCAACAGCUAGAGAAGUCAAAAGCUGCUAAGUUGGAAAUGGAAAGGCGUGAAGCUGAACUGCGUGCUAAAAGGGAAGAAGAAGAAAGGAAACGACUGGAGGAAGCCCUGAGGGCCAGACAGGAGGAGGAACGCAAGCGGCUAGAAGAGGAGGAACUGGCAAGGAAAAAACAGGAGGAGUCAUUACGGAGGCUGCGAGAGCAAGAGGCUGCCCUCCGCAGGCAGAAAGAGGAGGAGGAAAGGCUUGCACAGGAAGAAGCUCUACGUCGCCUUGAGGAGAGACUGAGGGAGGAGGAAGAAAGAAAAAAACGGGAAGAGUUUUUACACCAACAAGAAGAGGAGCGCAGAAAGCAGGAAGAGCUUGAAACACUAAGAAGGCAUGAGGAGGAGAAGCGUGCCGAGGAGGAGGCUGCUGCUACACUGGUUCAGCAGCAACUGGAGGAGCAGAAGCUGCGUGAGCUAGAGGCUCAAAGGCAACAAGAACUACAGAGGCAGAGACGGCAACAGCAAGAGGCGCUGCGGCGACUGCAGCAACAGCAGCAGCAACAGCAGCUUGCACAGAUGAAGCUUCCAUCUUCCUCAAAAUGGGGCCAGCAGACAACAAGUUCUAUACACCAGAAUCAUAACACUCUGUCUCUAGCUGAGAUCCAAAAACUUGAAGAGGAAAGGGAACGUCUUGCUCAAGAAGAGCAACGUCGGCAGCAGCAGGAGCUCCUGAAGCUUCAGCAGCAGCAGGCUCUACUGCAGGCCACACAGCCUCAGGCCAAACUGUCAGGAUGGGGCACUGUGGCCAAACAGCCCGCAGCUACAAAGUCUCUGCUGGAGAUUCAGAUGGAGGAGGCUCAGCAGAUGAAGCAGCGAAAAGACCAGCACCCAUCCACUGUCACACCACCAACCAGAACUCAGAAUCGAACGACCACGCUGAGUAGCUCCGUGUGGGGUGCGGUGAACCCUUCUUCAAACUGGGGCUCAGACUCAAGCAGUAUCUGGGGAGAUGCCCACAUCUCAAACAUGGGCUUCUGGGAUGAGGCAAUAAAAGAGGUUUCUCAGCCGCCUCCAGAAACUAGAAAAAGCAAUGUUCCGAAAAACAAGGGAAAUGCCAACCUCAGUAAUUCUCUGAGUGCGCGAGCCAGCAAAAAAGUAGAGGAGGAGGAGAAACUACUUAAGUUGUUUCAAGGAGUGAAUAAAAGCCAAGACACCUUCAUGCAGUGGUGUGAGCAAACGUUGCACACUCUCAAUACAGCCAAUAACCUGGAUGUUCCUACGUUUGCUUCUUUUCUUAAAGAAGUAGACUCGCCAUAUGAGGUGCACGACUAUGUGAGGGCCUACUUGGGGGACACUCCUGAGGCCAAAGACUUUGCCAAGCAGUUUAUUGAACGUCGUGCCAAGCAGAAUAUGAAUCAAAGACCGGCUUCACAAAACCAGUCCUCUAAGCAGCAGCAGCCGCAGCAGCAGCAACAGCAGCAACAGCAGCAGCAGCAGCAGCAACAGGACUCUGUGUGGGGCAGCACGGGACCCUCUCUCUAUCAGUCUAAUCACAUGAGUGGUCAGCAGCAGCGUUUUGAAACAGUCUCCUCAGGGAAGAAGAAAAAGAAGCAGAAGAUGGUGCGAGCAGACCCCAGCCUUUUAGGUUUCUCUGUGAAUGCAUCAUCUGAAAGGCUGAAUAUGGGGGAAAUAGAGACUUUGGAGGACUUCUCUUCCAUGUUCUUCAAGUCCGUCAGGUUGACCACAUCUGAAUCCAAACCAGUCUUCACCAUGAUUCCAAGAAACCCUCUCUGCAGGAUGGCGCUUCUUGUUCUUCUGGGCUUCUUGGUGACCCUUGUUAAUACAGAGACGGUCGACCCCGCUCUGAUGUCCCGGGACAGUCAGGACACGUCUGGAGAUGACUUGCCUAGUGAGGUCUCCACAAAAGACCCAUUUCACGAAGCCACAGCGGGGCCAGUCACCUACGACUACGAGGACGCAACCCACUCCCCGACGCUGGAGGAGGAGGAAGACUUCCUGGGGCCGGGGGCCAUCACUGCCAUCGUGAUAGCAGUGUUCCUGGGAGCUUCUGUCCUUCUUGCCCUCAUCGUCAUAACCCUCCGAAAGUUCACAGCCUCCUAA